AUGAGCUUAUGGCGGAAGGCGAACAAUCUUCGCUCUAUUGGAGGAAUCGAGGGAGAGCGCCCGUCUUUUUCCAAACUCACCCGCUUGCUUCAACUGUGCAGCAAUUCCAAAUCUCUGAAUCAAGGCCAACAAAUUCAUCAGCAUGUCAUUGCAUUGGGGUCUAGCGGUAACCCGUUCGUGGUGACUAAGCUGGUCCAAAUGUACGCGGAUUGUGAUGAUCUGUGUUCUUCAAGGAAGCUGUUUGAAUUAUUUCCAAACCCGAAUGUAUUUGCUUGGACAGCGAUUCUCGGGUUCUUCUCGAGGCAUGGGAUGUACGAGGACUGCUUGGUGAAUUAUGGGUUGAUGAAGUCUCAAGGAGUCUCUGCGGAUCACUUAGUGUUCCCAAAAGUUCUGAAAGCGUGUGCUCAGUUGGCGUGGUUGGAUGGAGGGACGUGGGUCCAUGGAGGUGUGGUUGUUUAUGGCUACGAGCGGAACUUUCAUGUGUGCAAUGCUUUGAUCGACAUGUAUGCAAAGUGUGGAAAUGUGUUGAGUGGGAGGUUGGUUUUUGCGGAGAUGGGAGAAAGAGAUUUGUUUACUUGGAAUUCAAUGAUUUCUGGGUACAUUAGUAAUGGGUUGCUAGAUUCAGCUGUGCAGCUUUUUGGUGGUUUGAAGUUGGAAGGUAUUAAGCCUGAUGUCAUUACAUUUAACAUGUUGAUGGAUGCAUAUUUCCGGAUGGGGCUUUGUGAUGAAGCUUCAAAAGUUUUUGAACAGAUUGAAACCCCCGAUAUCAUUUCAUGGACCACUCUAAUAUCUGGUUAUUCUCGAGCUGGCAAGUAUGCUACAUGUUUGGUAAUUUUCAAGGAUAUGGUGAAUGAAGGUGGGAUUCUUCCUGAUGUAGAUUCCCUUUCACUUGUCCUUGUUUCGUGUCGCCAUCUGCGUGCUCUAAUGUGUGGGAAGGCAAUCCAUGGUUAUGGAAUCAAAACUCAACAACCUGGGGGGAGAUUUUACAGAUCAGCUGGUCCAGCUUUAAUGACAAUGUAUGCUAAAUGUGACUCAGUUCAUUAUGCUAGAACUGUGUUUGCAGUAAUGGACAAAUCAGAUGUUGUUGCCUGGAACGCAAUGAUACUGGCCUUUGUAGAAUCUGAGUCAAGGGAUUUAGCACUCGAAUGCUUUGGUGAGAUGCAAAGAUCAGAUAUCCAGAAUGAUCAGACAACCAUAUCUACUGUUUUACCAGUUUGUGAUUUGAAGCACGGAAAGCAGAUUCAUGCCUAUGCCAUGAAACACAUUUUCGAUCAGUGUGUUGCAGUUUGGAAUUCAGUCAUACACAUGUAUUCCACAUGUGGGAAAGUUGACACCGCAUACUCAGUGUUUACAACAUCGAAAAUCCGAGAUUUAGUAACAUGGAACGCAAUGAUCAGAGGAUUUGGCAUGCAUGGGCUUGCACAAGCUGCUUUGAGUCUUCUUCAGGACAUGAAGCGGGUGGGAGUUUGUGCUGAUGCUCUCACAUUUACUUCGGUCCUAUCAGCCUGUCAUCAUUCAGGCCUUGUAGAAGAGGGCAUUAAACUCUUCGAGAGCAUGACCGGAGAAUAUGGAUUUGUCCCCACAAUGGAACAUUACUCAUGUGUUGUCAACAUGCUAGCACGUGUAGGUAGGCUAGAAGCUGCCAUCAAUUUCAUUCAUCAAAUGCCCCUGGAGCCUGAUAAGUCUGUUUGGGGGGCCUUACUGGCAGCCUGCCUUGACCAGCAAAAUGUAGAAGUUGGAAAGCUUGCUGCUGAGAAGUUAAUCCACCUGGAACCCGAACGUGCAGGACAUUAUGUGGCUUUGUCUAAUAUAUACGCAGAAGCUGGUAGAUGGGAUGAUGCUGUAAAGGCAAGAAAGGAAAUGGAACGCAGAGGGUCGGUUAAGCCCUCAGGGCAGAGUUGGAUAACUUUCGGGAACUGA